AGCGCGUUUCGUUAACAGCGCUGUUUCUGACCCUGUUCGCUGUCCGUAGUGACCGUGUAUCUUGCCGGUGUCAUGUCUACUUUCUUGAACGCGUGGUAGCGAUUAUAUGUGUGUUUUUUUAUUAUUAUUUCGAUUCUGAGAAGUUAUUCUGGGAAUGGCAGAAAUGGCCCAAAAUAAGAGUAAAGGACUAAAAUUCGCAGAAGAGCAGCUUCUUCGACACGGUUGGGAAAAAGGUAAAGGUCUGGGAAGAACAGAGAAUGGCAUCACGGAAGCUAUUAAAGUCCGUAUUAAAUGUGAUAAAGGAGGGGUGGGACAUAAUUUAGGCGAGCAGUUCACUUUCCACUGGUGGGACCAUGUUUUUAACAAAGCCUCGUCAGGUCUGGUUGUGGAAUCGGGGCAGAAUGAUGUGGUGGUAAAGAAGUCCAGUGAUGACAAUGAUGAUUUGAUUUCUAACAAGAGGCCACGCAAGGCUCAGCAAAACAAGUCCAUGCUCUAUGGAUGCUUUGUCAAGUCAGCUACCCUGCUGUCAGGUGAGAAGAGGACAGAGAAGACCGAUGAUUCAGAUGACAGCAGCAGCAGCAGUUCUGAAGAUGAGGAUCAGAAUCUGGACCUUUCCAGCACCACCAAACUAUCAGAUGAACAGCUGCUGAAAGCUUGCGGAGGACGAACAGCACACAAAGGAGCAAGACAUGGACUCACUAUGAGCGCCAAACUGGCACGGCUUGAGCAACAAGACCAAGAGUUCAUGAACAAGUACGGUAAGAAGAACCACACUGCUAAAUCAUCCACAAGCAGCAGAGAUUGCCUAAAUCCUGAGGGAUGUCCAGAUAUGAAAGAGAAAACAAAACACAAGAAAUCAAAAAGGCAAGAGGAACCAUCAGAGAAUAACAUCCGUGAAGGUAACAUAACACACAUCCUUUCAAGUAAUGAUACUGAGGGCGGCAAAGCCAAGAGGAAAGACUUUAAUGAUGCUUCUGCAAAUGACGAUAUGAUCGCAGAUACAGAGCCGAAGAAGAAAAAAAGAAACCGCAAAGAAAAAGAAGCUCCAGAGGAUUGUGUUAAUGGAGACUGCAGCAUGGGCGAGCGAGACGCACACCUACUGCACAAGAAGAAAAAGAAAAAACGGUCCAAGGUGGAUGAGAUGGCUGUCAAAGAUGAUGAAAUCAACGAGGAUUCCACAGACAAAUGCAGCAAACAGCCACAGGAGAGCAGUACUGAGCAUCAACAAGCCUCUGACAGCGCUUCCAGAAAGAAAAAGAACAGAAAGAAAUCCUCUACGGAGCACAAUGAAGAUGUCAAUACCUCAACUACCAUGAUGACAGUAACUGAGGACACUAGCAACGAAGCACAGGUAAUAGAAGGACAGGAGAAUGACAGGAAGAAAAAGAAAAAAAAGAAGCGAAGCAAAAAAGAGGAGCAGGAGGUGGUAGAAAAUGUGCAGUUUGAGGAGUCUGUGCCAAAGAAAAAGAAAAAAAAAAAAGAGAAGGAGUGAACUGACAUGCUGCUGAACUCACUACGAGCACAAGCUGAUCAGAUUCUGUGCUGCUGAUGAAAUGCAAACAUUAAUUCUCCACUAUCAGACUGUUAGCUGUUCAGAACAUGUUUUUUUUGCAGCACAGUAUUUAUUCUUGCAAGUCAUGGUCUAUUUUUAAAUCUUGAGACCCAUGGGUGACAAUGUUUUUAAUGAACUGAUUUAUGAGACAUUUGUGUAAAGCAUAAUAAAUAGCAUAUCCGCAAUGACAAAAAUGUGUUAAUUUAUAAGUCAUUUUGUGGAACUUGAAACAUUGCAAACAAAUCAAACUUCAACUGAAUUGCAAAAUAAAGUUAUUCUUGAGAUGGA